ACUACACCCUAUUCGGUACUCCAACAACAACAAAUGCUCCACCAGCCCACGCGGGCUCUAUCUGGCAGACUGGCAGACUGGCCUCCGCGGCCUCGAGCUUCUCUCCGUGCCGCAUUCCGUGCCUCAUCAACGCCUCUCCGCGCACCAUGGACGCAGAGCCAUCUGUUCUUGGAUGCUGCCCGGCCAUCAUGACACGAAAGCCUCAUGGUCCCGGUCACCGUGUUACGCACGAAAGACGUCGGGUGCUGGUUGCCUUUCACACCCCAUCAUCUACACCUACACCACCUGCUGCAGCUGAAGGAAGGUCGGCUGAAGCUCCCGUACCCGUACCCAUACCCAUACCCGCCCUGGCCAGUACCAUACACCCAAGCCAGCCGCCAAUGGCUCCUUCAGCGACUCUGGCCAUGUCUGCUCCUCUGCGAUGCGUCUGAUGCUUCGUACUGGACUUGGCUCUCUCUCUCUCUCUCCAAUAGCGCCUCGCCAAAAGAAGCAUGGCGUCGAUCGACCGAUGGCGUUCUCUCACGCGUUGCGCUGGCCAACAACCGUAGCCAUCCGCCUGCCUGCACCCAUGUCGCCAAUCCGCCCUACCGGAGUACAUUCACUGUCCAUUUCAGGGGCCCCCUCAUGUCACGACUUGUCCGUCGAAACAGAGUGAACCAACAAGGGGCACUCGCGCUGGUGGCUGACUCACACCCAGCUGGGCCUGGCAACUGGCGAUUAUGACAACGCAAAUCGAUAACACGUCUGCCGCCGGCUGGCGACCCAAGGCCACUUGCACCUGCAGCUGAUUCCGCCCAACGGACAUCCUGUCGGCACCU